GCAAGCACCGACGAGUCGACGAGCCGCCCGAUCGUCAUUCCAACUCUGCGAGUCGAACUAGACGUUUCUUUUCUGAAGAAAGCAACAAAUCUUUGACCGUUAUCGUCCUCAUACCAAGGAGGAUAACAGAAAAUCAAUCGAUAACUUUACCUUUGACUUCGACUUCGGGAGUUUUUCCGUUUAUAUUCAAUUUACAAACGAAAAUUUUGAUAUCGCCAUGGCUUUGAAGCAGUCGACCAAGGAAAACGUGCAGCUGGGUUUGGAGAACAUCUCGUUGAAAAAUGCCAUUUCUCCUAAGAAGCAGUGCGUUUCUCCUACUAUCACUUAUCAAAGUGCAAACAAAGUUAAUAAUGAAAAUUCCAAGGCUGCCAAAAAAAUUGAGUUCAAAGAAACCACUUCUACCUUUGAUCCACAACUGGAGCCAUUGCUCAAGGAAAAUCCUUCUCGUUUCGUGAUCUUUCCCAUUCAAUGGCCUGAUAUUUGGCACAUGUACAAGAAAGCUGAGGCUUCAUUUUGGACGGUCGAAGAAGUAGACUUAUCAAAGGAUAUGCACGAUUGGGCAAAGUUGAAUGACAACGAGAAACAUUUUAUUUCUCAUGUAUUAGCAUUCUUUGCUGCCUCUGAUGGCAUUGUCAAUGAAAAUCUCGUUGAGCGAUUCAGCCAGGAAGUUCAAGUCACUGAGGCUCGCUGCUUCUAUGGCUUCCAAGUAGCCAUGGAAAAUGUGCACUCAGAAAUGUAUUCACUUCUUAUUGAUACCUACAUUACUGAUCCAUCUCAGAGGGACUACUUGUUCAAUGCAAUUGAAACUCUACCUUGUGUUACCAAGAAAGCUAACUGGGCUAUGAACUGGAUCAGUCAUAAGAGUGCUACAUUUGCUGAGCGAGUUAUAGCUUUUGCAGCUGUUGAAGGAAUUUUCUUCAGUGGUAGUUUUGCUGCCAUAUUUUGGUUGAAGAAGCGAGGUUUAAUGCCAGGACUUACUUUCAGCAAUGAACUAAUUUCUCGCGAUGAGGGAUUACAUUGUGACUUUGCCUGCCUUAUGUUUAAACACAUUGUUCAAAAACCAACACAAGAACGUGUAAUUUCAAUUAUUAAGGAUGCAGUAGCAAUUGAACAAGAAUUUUUGACGGACGCUCUGCCAGUUGAAAUGAUUGGCAUGAACUGUAAGCUUAUGUGUCAGUACAUCGAGUUUGUAGCGGACAGGCUAUUGCGCGAACUCGGUAUGCCUAAGGUCUACAACUCGGAGAAUCCUUUCGACUUCAUGGAACAAAUUUCAUUGGAAGGAAAGACAAAUUUCUUUGAAAAGAAAGUUGGAGAAUACCAAAAGUGGGGAGUCAUGCAAGAGAGAAGUAAGGGAGAAAAUAACUUCUCUGUCGAGGCUGAUUUUUAAAUCUCCAAGUAUUAAAUGUGAGCCCUAGACUACCUUAGAUUUAACUUUUUUUGUAUAUACUAUUUUAGAUUUAAUCGUUUCUUUAAGAAAAAAAAUUCCCUUGAUGUUUGAUUAAUUUUCUGAAAUUAAUUAUGAAGCAACAUGAAAAUAACGAGUCACAACUCUGACUAAAAAAACAGAAAAAAUCAACUUUUUUCUACAGUUAAACUUUUAAAGAAAUUAAUUUCUUAUACUUGAUUAAUCUCGUGAUAAAACGUUUCGAAUUUGUGCUUAAGAAGUUAAUUAAUUUGUGCAACUUAACUUCGAACUAAUUUAAGGCUCUCAACUGCGACAUACCCUCAAUAUGUACGACAUCAGCGACUUGCUUGAUUAAUUUUAUAUUAAAAAAAAAAAAAAAAGAACGAUGUCUUGAACAAAAA